AAUGAUAUCUAUCUUUCUUUAUCUUUCUAUGGUCUAACAAAAUUAUAGAUUCUAAAAUAUUAUACUUACAAUUGUAAAAAUUAUUUUUAUUUAUAUUUUUAAAAACGUAUAAUUAUAUUAUUAAAAUUAAAUUUGUAUAAUGCAUUAGUAUAGAUUAAUAAAAAGAAUAAUUAAAAAGUAGUGACAGGUGGUUUGACAUUUAUUCGCCGCCAUCGUUAUUAGCGACAGUGAUCUGCCAUAUUGCGCGUGAUAUAAAGAAUUGCAAUACAUUUACGUUAUUACGAUUAUUAUUUGUAUAUUUAAUACAAGUACUUAUUGUUUAUGUAGUAAUAAUAUUUUAACAAAAUCUUUAUAAUACAGUUUGUGGGAAAACAUUCCACAGUAGUGUACUGCAAAACGAUAAAACAUGUCAACAGGACCAUAUAAUUAUUCUUAUAUCUUCAAAUACAUUAUUAUAGGAGAUAUGGGAGUAGGAAAAUCAUGCUUACUACAUCAGUUUACAGAAAAAAAAUUUAUGGCAGAUUGCCCACAUACUAUUGGUGUUGAGUUUGGAACAAGAAUUAUUGAAGUUGCAGGACAAAAAAUAAAAUUACAAAUAUGGGAUACUGCUGGUCAAGAACGUUUUAGAGCAGUUACUAGAUCUUAUUACCGAGGUGCAGCUGGAGCAUUAAUGGUCUAUGACAUAACUCGUCGUUCAACUUAUAAUCAUCUUAGCAGCUGGCUUACAGAUACAAGGAAUUUAACAAAUCCAAGCACUGUUAUAUUUUUAAUCGGAAAUAAAAGUGAUUUAGAAGGUCAACGAGAUGUUACUUAUGAAGAAGCAAAACAAUUUGCUGAUGAAAAUGGUCUUAUGUUUGUAGAAGCUAGUGCAAAAACAGGCCACAAUGUUGAAGAGGCUUUUUUGGAAACAGCGAAAAAAAUAUUUCAAAGUAUACAAGAUGGCCGUUUGGAUUUAAAUGCAGCUGAAUCUGGAGUUCAACAUAAUCCAAGUCAACCAGGUCGUACUAAUCUUCAAGGAGUAUCUAAUGAACAACAAGGUGGAAAAGAUUCUUGCUCCUGUUAGGUCUAUAUUUGUUUGUAUAUAGAAAUAUGAAUUCAUCGGUACUAUUGAUGCAUAUAUGAUUUGUACUAAGUAUAGUAAGCAAAUAGUCUCCUGUCUUUAUCCCUUUCAUAUGUGAGAUCUAUUCAAAAAGAGAUAUCAAUUUUUUUUCUAGUUAGAUUUGAUUUACAGAAAUGAAAUACAGAUAUAUGAUUUAGUCUACAUAUGCAUAAAUAAAUUGUACUGAUAACAGUAAUUCUGUAUUAACAUUGAAAAUGAUAUUGAUAUUUCAAUGUUAAAGCUUUUUUAUGGUUAUUGUAAUUUGCAUAUAUGCAAAUAUUAUUGCAUAUGCUGUAUACUUUAUUGCAUAAAAAAAUUGAAUAUUAGGUAAUAUAUUGUACUCACAAAUACACAUAUACUGUACACAUGUACAUGUACAUGAUAUAAAAUGUUUACUUAAUCACAAAAGAAUAUGAUAAAUGUGAAUGUGACGCAGCCAAAUAAGAUAAACAUUUAUCAUUGUAAAUUGAAUUUGUGUAACAAGAUUGAGCACGUUUGAUCAUGUUUGUUAUAUAAUUUGCAAUUUGAGAGUUAUUGUAUUAUAAUCUUAAGUGCAAAAAAUUGUUAAUAUAUCUGAAUUUCUCAAUAGCAUCAGAGUUGUCAUAAAGUCGCAUAAUGAAAAAUAGAAUUAAUGUCAACUCUAGUGUUCCAUAACUACAACCACCCACUUUCAUAUCAUAUAAAACAUAUAAAUUGCUAACUUAAACUUAAAUAUAUAAUUUUUAUUUUCAGUUUGAAAAACAUUUUAAUUUUCAAAUAUUUUGGAAUGUUCUAUGUUUCUAAUUUGAUAAAAAAAA